AUGGAGCCUUCCAAAAAGAAAGCCAAACUUCAACACCUUCUGACGUUCAAGGCCAGCCUGCCAGGCCAUUCCCAAAGUGCUUUGGCGGGCUUCGUCAAAGCAGCCAAAGAGCAGGGCCUCCCGGAAGCCAGUUCUUCCAACGACCAGCGAAAGGCACGGCAACAGCUUCUUGAAAGCUGUGAUGGCGGCCCCCUGGGACCAUUGAUCCAGCAGGCAGAACUGCCCAUGAGCGACGGUGCCACAGUGACCAUCAAUUUUUCCAACCUUCUGGUCUAUAUCACCAGUCUUUUCGCCAUGGGGGGCAGCUUCCAUGAUCUGCUCCAAAGGAAGCAUGCGGCCAAUCCCUCGUCGCUGGACCAGCCCUGGUCCUUGAUCUUGUAUUGCGACGAGGUGAUCCCUGGCAAUGUUCUUGGUCGUGCUGAACGCAAGCUAUGGGCCAUUUACGCCACAUUCCUCCAGCUAGGCCAAGAAGCCAUGGGCCACGAAGACAUGUGGCUGACCAUCAGCCUAGAAAGAUCCACCUUCGUGGCCCAAUUGCCAGGUGGCAUCGGCCAGGUGUUCGCCAAGAUUCUGGAAGCCAUCUUUUGCUGCCCCAUGGCUGAACCAUGUGGAGGCCUGCUCUUGAAAAGUCCACAUGGUCCCAUGGGCAACAUCCGCCUCCAUUUCAAUUGGGGUAUAUGCCUCGCUGAUGGGGCUGCCCAGAAGCAGAUCUGGUCUUCCAAAGGCGACGCUGGUACCCGAUUUUGCAUGUUAUGCGCAAACAUCCACUCAGCAGCCACCAUGGCUGCAGGCCAGGAUGUCAUUGACCAUGCGACGACCAAAUACCACCAACUGCGCUUGACAACCGACACUGAGGUCAUCCAGUCCUACCAUCGUUUGGACCAAAGGCAGCAAACAUGCACCAAGGCGGAUUUCCAGCACUGGCAGCAGGCCGCAGGACGCCACAUUCGACCAGUGAGCCAGUUUUGCCACGAUUGGAUGCAUGGGAUCUUGCAAGGCACUGGCCCUGUCGUCCUCUUCCAGACCAUGGAGACCAUUGGCAUGGCAAUGGGUUUCAAUGCUUGGGAUUCCAUGGAAAAGUACAUCCAGCUCUGGUCCUGUCCAGGGGCUUCCAAAGCAGGGCACCUGAAAGCUUUGUUUUCCUCCAGGAUGGUGAGCAAACACCAGGCAAGUUAUAAGUUUUCCUGCCAGGCCAGCGACCUCUUGAGUAUAUUCCCCAUUGUGCGGCAUUAUCUCCACACCAUGGUUAUGCCGGUGGGCGGCUGCCCCAUUAAGGCCUGCGAGGCAUUCUUGGCCCAUGCAGACCUGCUCGACCAGGUGCACCAAGGAACCAUGUAUGGGGCCACUACCAGGGCAAGCCUACUACCAGCUGCUGAGUUGGCCAUCCAGAGUUUCGUGGAAGCCAACUUCGGAGUUUCCUUAAUAAAGAAGUGGCACUGGCUUCUGCACCUGCCUGAUUUCUUGGAGAGGUAUGGGAUGUUGCCAAGCACUUUCACCACUGAGCGCAAGCACAAAACCAUUGCCAAGUAUGCCACCAACUUGCAGAAGACCACGGCUUUCGAAAGCCAUUUGAUGCAGCAGGUCGUGGCCACGGAGAUCACCACUUUGAAGGAGCCAGGUCUGCAUCCGGACACCUGCCAGCUGCUGAAGCCAAAGAAAGCUACCAAGCAGCAAGUCCAAGUCCUCCGCGACUUCGUGGAUGGCCCAUUGAACGAAGCCAUGGUUGCUUCGAGUGCGAAGCUUGCCAAAGGUGGCAACAUUCAUGCCCACGAUGUGGUUGUCUUCCAGCAGCAAGACGGACGUUGGGAAGUCGGCCAAGUUUGGUUCCACUUGGAAGUGGGUGCUCAACAGGUCACACUUCUCCAGCGGUGGACUCCCACGGUGAACAAAGCAUCCCACUCUGCGAAAUGCACCAUCGCGAACGAGCAAGGCUUCGUUCCCAUCGACUCCAUCCAGUACCCACUGCUGUAUAGUAAAGCCUCAGACCAAGAGGCCACGGUGCUCAUCCCGUACCAGCUCAACUGCAGGCUGUAA